UGUAAACACAAAUAUGACAAAAGUCAAAACAAAACAAUCGAUCAUUCAUUUCUCCGUGAGCCGGCGGUCUGGCAGUUUUAAAUGUCAGGAAAUAUUUGUGUAAAUUCGGCGAUUAAAACUGUACUCACACGAUAAAUAUUAUAAACGGACGCGGUGAAUGAUAAAAUAGGAGUUUCCGUAAAAUGUACGAGUUACGACGUGCGUUCUGUUUAUUGUUUUUGAUAUUUUCAUUGGAUAAAGUGGACUUAUUGGAGAAUGGGUUGGCUCGCACUCCUCCCAUGGGGUGGAUGUCGUGGGGAUAUUACAUGUGCGGAGUUAAAUGCGAGGAUGCCGAGGACAAAUGUUUAAAUGAACAGUUAAUAUUAUCAGUAGCAGACAGUUUCUACAAGGACGGCUACCAGGAGGCUGGGUUUGAGUACAUCAUCAUUGAUGACUGCUGGUCUGAAAAGCAACGAGACAAAAAUGGAAGACUUGUAGCUGAUAGGAAGAGAUUUCCACGAGGAAUGAAGUAUAUUGCUGAUUAUAUCCAUGCUCGAGGUUUGAAGUUCGGCAUGUACACGAAUGUAGCAAACAUCACGUGUAUGAGGUACCCGGGGUCACUGAGUCAUAUGGAGCUGGACGCUAAGACAUUUGCAGAGUGGGGAGUAGACUACUUGAAAGUAGACGGAUGCUUUGUGUCUGAAGCUAUUCUGAAUGGAGCUUACAUAGAAUUGGGUAAAUAUUUGAAGCAGACCGGCAGGCCGAUGGUGUACUCGUGCAGUUGGCCGUACUACAUAGAGUUUAUUCACCAGAAAAACCCGGACUACGAGGAGGUGGCCCGCUACUGCAACAUGUGGCGCAACUACCACGACGUGCAGACGUCCUGGGACGCCAUCGCCAACAUCGUGCGCCACUACCGCAACCACUACCACGAGCUCGCGCCAUUCCACGGCCCGGGACAUUGGAACGAUCCUGAUAUGUUAAUAUUCGGUACGGGCGUGCUGACCCACAGCCAGAGUCGCGUCCAACUGGCCGUGUUCGUGAUGAUGUCCGCUCCACUGCUGCUCAGCUGCGACAUGAACAAGAUCACGCCGUACGAGAAGUCGCUGCUGCAGAAUUUGGACCUUAUGGCCAUUGCACAAGACCCAUUGGGCAUUAUGGCGCAACCUUACCAUGUAACAGACUGCACGCUCUGGAUAAAGCCGCACCUGCCGCGCAAGGGCGACCAGUUCCCGUCGUACAGCCUCGCCCUCAUGAACCUGGACUCGGACGCUAGCUACGUCUCCUUCAGGCUCAGCACCUACAACCUUAACGCUACUGAUGGAUACACUAUAUUGGAUGUGUUCUCGGGCAAAUAUACUCGAAACGUGACAUACGACGAUAAGAUUGAAGUCACCGUGCCGGGAUUCGAUGUGAUUUUGUACACCCUGUACCCACUUUAAUAUCGCUGCCACUGAUGGGCCAAUACCAACCAAACAAAUAUCAACUUUAUAUCCAAAGAAAUAAAGUGCAAUUUUGAAGGACAAUAAAUUAGUGAGUGACUAUGAUAUUGAAUUUAGAACUCUACGUGUUAGAGUUUAAGGUGGUUUUUCAAAUAAUGUGAAUGUGUGUGUGUAGUUUUGUUAUGUACUUAAUUUUUUACAGUUGCCGUCCAAUAAAGUAUGUUUGUAUGUAAAAUGGUCAAAAAUUGUAGUCAUAUGUUUUGUAUAUACCGUAUGGAGAAACCUCUCAUGACUUAAUUUAAACUAGAAAAAUUAGUAAAAUAGGCCCAAUAGUCAAGCUUAAAAGCGCAUUAUUCUCUUUGAGCUAAUUUGAAUACACUUUUCAACCAACAACGUAGUCCACAAUAUUCCUAGACAACCUACAAUAUUACAGCUCUUUUGUGGUCAAUAAACAUAGAGCUGUUCAUACAGAAUUUAAUACUUGAUGAAUUUAAUUAUUUAUUUUGUUUGAAAAUAUUUUUUUUUAAAUUUUCGGAUUUCGUUUAAAUAUUUGUAUUAUGCUUCUGUGGACUAGUAAAACUUGUGGUUUCAUUUAAGUCAUAUGAUUGAUCUCCAUACUGUAUAUGAAAAUACUAUGCUAAUCUUAUUUCUCAAAAAUAAGGUAGAAAAAGUGAAAACUAAGUUCAAAACUAAAUCAAUUUUGACUACGAAACCAUUUCUAUGCCACAAGUAAACCAAAACUAGUGCAGAACUUAUAACUAUAAAAUAUCAAUUCCUCUAAGCUCCAUCAAUAAACUAUUCAAAUGAUUUUGAUCCGUAUACUCUAAGUAGUAAGGUUGAUAAUACUUUAACGCUAUCAUCACAAAGUAAAGAGGCUACGUCAAUAUGAGAGUCGUUCCAAAGAGGUUUGAGGUUUUACUCAAGAGGUCAGACUCGCUUGAGGUAUAUUUUUUUUCUAUUUUAAGACUUUGUAGUAAAAAAAGUUGGUUGAAAGCUAGAUUUUCUCUCUAUGUAAGUGAUCGUAGUUUCGGAAGUCGAGUAUUGAGGUAAUCGAGUCGACUGGGACUAUACUAAGUUGUUAUGCUAUCGGCUUACUCACGUAACUGUUUGACGAGGAACUCGACUAGUUUCAAGUAGAGUAGCAACACGAAAGUCCCCGCGUCGUGUGCGAAUGCUGCUCAUGAAUAUGAGCCUCUAGCAUGGCUUGAAACUAGUGGAGUUCCUCAUUAAACAGUUACGUGACUAAGCCGAUAACAUAAUAACUAAUUUAGUAUGUCUCACGAAAGUUAUAAUAAAACUAUACUUUAUACUAAUACAAAGUUUGUCUCCCAUGGGGAAAGACAGAGACAAUAGAUCGUCAAUUGCUACGAAUCUUACAUACCUCUUUCGCUUCAUCAACAUUCAUCAGUCUUUUCAUGUAUGCUCGUCGGUUAAAGGUACUUUUAAUUUGGCCCUUCUUUAAUAUAUCGCCAAACUGGUCGUUACUGUACCUACUAAUGUUAUAAAUACUAUUCAAUUAUGCAUUUAUUUUAAUUUACUACACAAAGAUUAUGAAUCUUUUAAUUUUAAGUUUAGUAUGAAUAAAUUUUAGUUAGUAACCGAGUGAGUUAUAGAUAUAUAAUAAAUCUAUGCUCUACCUAAAUACUAUAUUAAAUUAUACAUAAGAAUACCAUCAAAAGCAUCCUAUAAAAAGUCCAAGUCGCGCACCUCAGUUAUUCUACAGUAACAAGUUGUAAGAUUCAUGUAAUACCAAGUCGUUUAUUUUAUUUAGUCCCUACUUAAGGGACCUUCUGUCUUAAGUUGUUGUGUAAAUUGUUAUCAUAUUAUAAAUAUUACAUUUAUUUUACGUUUUAAAUAAAAUAGAUCGACCGUAGUAAUUCGUAAUCAUGCAAUAGACUAAACAAUAUAAUACGAUAAUGUCAACAAAAGUAGGUAUACUUGUGUUUUCAUGCGAUGGCCAAAUCAAUCUAUUUUAUUUAAAACGUAAAAUAAAUGUAAUUUUGAUAUUAUGUAGCUUAUUACUUCUAUUUUAAAGUCGAAAGUCUAUUGAAGUUUGAUAUGAUAUUAUGUGCUGUUGUACAUACUUUCCAUGAAUAUUCACAAACCUUGUGAUAUUAAUUGUAAGAUUUUAAGUUAAUGUGUACUUAAUGUAACUCUCGCUCAAAUUGUAGCAUCUAAUAAAGUUUUACAUAUA